AUGUUAAAACUAAUCAUUCCUACCAUCAUACUACUGCCUCUAACAUGACUAUCUAAAAAGCACAUAAUUUGAAUCAACACAACCACCCACAGUCUAAUUAUUAGCCCUAUCCCACUACUAUUCUUUAACCAAACCAACAACAAUCUACUUACCUAUUCCCUAUCCUUUUCCUCCGACCCCUUAACCACACCCCUUUUAAUACUGACAACCUGACUACUCCCUCUAAUAAUUAUAGCAAGCCAACACCACCUAUACAACGAACCCCUUCUACGAAAAAAACUUUAUCUAUCUAUACUAAUUAUCCUCCAAAUCUCACUAAUUAUAACAUUCACCGCCACCGAACUAAUAAUAUUCUACAUCCUCUUUGAAACCACACUCAUCCCCACCCUAAUUAUUAUUACUCGAUGGGGUAAUCAACCAGAACGCCUAAACGCAGGCUCAUACUUCCUAUUCUACACCUUAGUAGGCUCUCUCCCUCUACUCAUUGCACUUAUCCACACUCACAACACCCUAGGCUCAUUAAACAUUAUAUUACUAAACCUUUCUUCCCAAAACUUAACAGACUCUUGAUCCAAUAAUCUCAUAUGACUAGCAUAUAUAAUAGCCUUCAUAGUAAAAAUACCCCUUUACGGACUUCACCUUUGACUCCCCAAAGCCCACGUUGAAGCCCCUAUUGCUGGCUCAAUAGUACUUGCCGCAGUACUCCUAAAACUAGGUGGAUAUGGCAUAAUACGACUCACCCUUAUCCUUAGCCCACUAACAAAACACAUAGCCUAUCCAUUCCUAAUACUAUCUCUAUGAGGCAUAAUUAUAACAAGCUCCAUCUGUCUACGACAAACAGAUCUAAAAUCCCUCAUCGCAUACUCCUCCGUAAGCCACAUAGCCCUUGUGAUCGCAGCUAUCCUCAUCCAAACCCCCUGAAGCUUUACAGGCGCAAUUGUCCUCAUAAUCGCCCAUGGACUAACCUCCUCCUUAUUAUUCUGCCUUGCAAACUCAAACUAUGAACGAACUCACAGCCGCAUCAUAAUCCUAUCUCGAGGACUUCAAACCUUAUUCCCACUGAUAGCCUUUUGAUGGCUAAUAGCGAACCUUGCCAAUCUCGCCCUACCCCCCACUAUCAACCUCCUAGGAGAGCUCUUUGUACUAAUAGCCUCCUUCUCCUGAGCAAAUACCACUAUUAUACUCACCGGACUUAAUAUACUAAUCACAGCCCUAUAUUCCCUUUACAUAUUUAUUAUAACACAACGAGGCAUACUUACACACCACAUUAAAAACAUAAAACCUUCACUUACACGAGAAAACAUACUAAUACUUAUACACCUCUUCCCCCUUCUCCUCCUAUCCAUCAACCCUAACAUCAUUACCGGUUUUACUCCCU